ACACAUGUAUAGAAAAUGACAUAGGAAGAGGAGCUAUCGUUCUAAUCCCUUUCAAUUUUAUGUAAUAAUUUUAUUAAUAUAAAAUGUAAAAUGUGUGAAAUAUUGAAAUAAAUAUGUUUAAACUAAAAGGACAUAAAUGUUCUAAUACGGUUAGAUUUAAGAUGAAUAAACAACCAGAAUCACGAAUGAUGGCCGCAGAAAAUAAUGAAAACCAAGGCAUUCCUUGUGACAUCAUCAAAAGCUAGCAGACGAUAAACCACAAAGCACUAUAGGAAGUCAUCCGUUUUAGCGAUUUAUUUUGUUUUAAAUGACGAAAACAAAAGCUUGCUUAAUAUUUCAGCAGAUGGUCACGAAUCGUUAGAAAAAUGGCGAACAUUAAAAAAGUUAUAAAAUUUGCAGGUAUAUUUUGUUUGCUCGUUAUUGCCGUUUUAUUUUAUCUUAAUCACCCGGAUCUAAAUAUUGAAAGGAAAGGACGUAUAUACCAAGAGAAGUUAGCUAAAACUAUAUCAGCUCUCCAACUAGAACUCAGCAAAAGAGAUACCAACAGCAUACAUCGCGAUUCUGUCCCGAGAGAAAAUGAAAGCGAAGAAACUAAGACUACAUUAAACAUGUUAAAUGAAUCUUAUAAAACGCAUACAUUCGAACAAAACACAAGCGAUGAUAAUAUCAAACGACCUCACACUGAAUUUUCUAAAUCAGACAAGUGCCUCACGUGUAGUUCAUAUGUCGAUAAAGGAAGUGCCAAGAAUUACAACUUUUUCGCAGGAAAAUACUCGCUGGACAAGGAACCCUUCGCGUCAUGGGUAAAGCAAGGUAACACAAAAACUUACUGUGAUAAUCGUAUUAAAGUGUUUAAUGAUAUGUUUGCAAUUCUUCAUGAUGUAACGAUGUAUCCGUCAAGAAGGCUUGAGAAGGAGACACAGGCAAAGGGCGGGGAAGAAAUAAGAAACGUCCUAAAUCAAGGCAUUGCUCGUGAGGAUUAUAACUUUGAUGAUAACUUUUUUGAAAUAGAAUGUACGACAAAUAUUGGAACAAGACUUAGUUCAUCAAAUAAUCUUCGUUUGUUGUCGUCUGUGAAUUUGAUCUCAGUGUCACGAGAAAAGGCAAAAUAUGUUUCUUUGAAAUUCAAUGGAAAAUACGCUGUUGCAGUUCGUAGACAAGACUAUGCUAAUUUGCAUAAUUGGGUUCGAAAUAUAUACAACAUAUUUGUAUUGUUAAUGCAUUUCAGAGUUCAGCCAAAAGAUAUAUCUGUUAUAUUCAUGGAUGGCCAUCCUCGAACUGAAUUGGACAACGCAUGGGCAAUCGUAUACAAUAAACCUAUAAGGGUUGGUCAUGUGGAGCAGACAAUAACAUUCCAAAAUUUAAUCCUAGGUUUAGAAGAACACAAAGGACCUAUAACUGAUUUUUAUUUGGAGCAAGUACCGUAUUUGGAAGAAUUUAGGUCUUUUGUUCUUUCGCAAUUCAAUUUAAACUCUUCAAAUAGUUUAAAUUGUGCUUCACCGAGGAUAACAGUGAUAUUACGACGGAACGCUGUUUAUCACCCGCGUAAUGUCGUCGGAAAUGUUGGAAGGAAAAUUUUCAAUGAAGCUGAACUUAUGAACGACCUCAUGAAAGCCUUCCCAGACGCAUGCGUGAAGGCGGCGCUUAUGGAGGCAUUGCCAAUGGCGUCACAACUUAAUUUGAUGAAAAGUACAGACAUUUUUAUUGGAAUGCACGGGGCUGGUAUGAGUCAUGUCACGUUUUUACCCAAACAUGCUGGUAUUCUAGAACUUUUCGCAAAGGAUUUUAAAAUCGGCCGGCCUUGGUUUUUAUGCUUUGAAAAAAUUGCAAAAUGGCGCAAUAUGCACUACGACAGUUGGGAGAAUUUUGAUAUCUCAUUGGAAAUGCCUGCCGAUUUUACAGUUUUACCAACUCAAGUUAUUGUGAAAAAAACUCAGGGAUUAAUGAACAAAAUAUGCCCAAGAUAGCAGAGAGGUAUGAUGAGGAAUAUGCAUUGUUUCUUCUCGUAUGUGCCAUCAUUGAAGUUGUAUGUGUUAACAUUGACACUAAAUCUGCGUAAUUUACACUGAUACCUUCAUUUCUUAUUUACAUAUCAAUCAACGCUUUUUUUCCUUACGACUCUUGCUAUACUAUGUAGCGCACGUGUUCGUAGACACUGUAUUUCUAUCAAUCACAAUUUGUGUUAUUAGCGAACGUCUCAUUUUAUUGUCAUUGUAUUCAAUGUGUAAGUGUAACGAUUUUACCGACAAUGUAAGCGUUAUCACUGGUAUUUUAGUGCCAUAUUUGACAUACAUUACAUAACUGACAGUGAAUGUUUCAUUACUGAAACUGAUAAUGUCAUCAAUGAAAUUUCAUGUGAUAUCAAUGACAUUAUAGUAUUUUAAAAUUAUGUGUUAUAUCAUUGACAUGUUUGUGCCAUAUUUGACAUGAAUGUCAUUACUGACAGCGAAUGUUUCAUAAAUGAAAUUAUCAUGAGAUAUUAAUGACAUUAUAAUAUGUUUAAGUCAUAUUUUAUCUUGGACAUUACAUUUAUUGCCAUGAUAUGCUUUUUAAAAAUCUUUUACUUGUGUGCUGUCGUUAUAAACGACGGUGGGCCAAUAUGUAAUGCAAUAUAGACAAUAAAUUUAACAAAAGAGCAAAUAUUUUACAGUU